CAAUUUCAUUUCGAUUCAUUAAAAGUAACAAUGGCCGACGACGACGAUGAAGGUGGUUUUGGUGGUUUGUAUGAAGAUGGACACUGGGUGUGGGAUGAGCAAACACAAGGUUUAUUGUUUGUGAGUGAUUUGCCUCCAGCUCGAGUGGAAACUGUUCAAAUAACAACUAAAGCACCAACAGGUGCUAUCGAAUUCAGAGAUGAUAUUGACCUUAUUGAACAGCUUCGCUAUAAGCGACGUUAUCAAAGAAAACCAACACCAGGACAAGAGGAUCUGGUAACUUUGCAGGAUAUUAAAGACAUAGCACUGUAUACUGCACCAGUAAGCUUGUUGAGCCCCAUGCUCAUUGAUUUGCUGCAUUUACCAACCACAGAGAGAUUUCUGAGAGCGCUUAUAUUCUGCUGUGCCUACUACCUACAGAUAUCGGACGAAAUGACCACGCGGAUAUCGGAACUCGAAACUAAAGUAAGAACACAUGAUUGUGAAAUUUUGGAAAACAAAUAUCGCGAAAACUUGUCAGAUCUAAGACUGUUAGUGGCUAAAGAAUACUGUAUAAUGCUUAUUGGUGGAGGAGACAUGCGAAGAUUUCAUCACAUGGGACCCAAUAAGAAAAGAACAUCAUUAUCUGAUAAAGAUGCACGAUUAUUUGAAACAUUCGUACGAAUGGCUGUGCAGAUUGUUUACUUGGCCCUAGGACGCAGGAAUUUUCGACAAAUAGAAUUGGAAUGUCACCGUAUAUUAAAGUCGGAAAUAUUCAACACUGUGGAGCAUACAUUGAAGACUGGCUACUUGUCGCAAAUGAUGCCCGAAGAACACAAGGUCCUUUUGGGGACUUGUGUGCAUCAUGACAAGAAACUUAACACUCGUUCUCCGCUCAUGAAUGAGGUUUUCUGCCACAGGCCUAUUGAUUUUCGCCUAAUGGGAUUGGGUGUUGUUAAAUAUGACGAUUUAAAAGAAGCAUCUCGGCUCCAUUACUUAUACCUUAUCGUAGCUGGACCGGAAGAAAAGUUAAAGAGGGCGAAUAUGUCAGUGGGCCUCAUUGGCAUGCCGCGAUCCUUGUUCGACACCAUGCUCCAGCCAGUCUGCCGGACCGACAGCAAAUCUUCUAAACAGAAUGUAGCGUCUUCCUACGGUGUUGCAAUGUCGAAGAGCGAGUCGAGAAAGUCAAUCAGCCAGGGAUUCUACCCUCAAAUCUAUCUGCCAGAUAAAGAUACCAAAGAGUUAAACAUGUUUACCAUCCGACUUCCCUCAAACACCAGAGACCCAGUUGCCUGUGAGUCAAGUCCAGCUACGUCGCUGGCACAACAGGUUCAUAAAACUAACGAAGCCGUCUGCUAG